AUGGAGCCAUCAACACAAACAAACAAAGAUCAAGAGGAAGAGCAGGUGGUGACUCCAUGGGAGGUUUCUGGCAAAGACGGAGGAAAAAUCGACUACGACAAACUCAUUGACCGUUUCGGUUGUCAGAGAAUCGAUCAAUCUCUCAUUCAUCGCGUCGAACAAGUCACUUCUCUCCCCGCUCAUGUUUUCCUCCGCCGCGGCGUUUUCUUCGCUCACCGUGAUUUUGCUGAGGUUUUGAAUGCAUACGAAAAAGGUGAUAAGUUUUACCUAUAUACAGGACGUGGACCUUCUUCCGAAGCUUUGCAUUUAGGUCAUUUGAUUCCAUUCAUGUUCACCAAGUAUUUGCAAGAUGCUUUUAAGGUUCCUCUGGUAAUACAGCUCACUGAUGAUGAGAAGUUCUUGUGGAAAAAUCUUACGGUAGAUGAGUGCCGAAGACUUGCGCGCGAAAAUGCAAAGGACAUCAUUGCUUGCGGCUUUGACAUAUCUAAGACGUUCAUUUUCUCUGAUUUUGAUUUUGUUGGCGGUGCCUUCUACAGGAACAUGGUAGAGGUUGCAAAGCGUGUGACUUAUAACCAGGCUGUUGGCAUUUUUGGGUUCACUGGGGAAGAUCAUAUUGGAAAAGUUAGUUUUCCACCUGUGCAGGCAGUUCCAUCAUUUCCUAGUUCAUUUCCUCAUCUAUUUUCUGGCAAAGAUAAUCUUCGUUGUUUAAUUCCUUGUGCAAUAGAUCAGGAUCCUUAUUUUAGAAUGACACGAGAUGUUGCUCCUAAACUUGGAUAUCACAAGCCUGCAUUGAUUGAAUCAUUAUUCUUCCCUGCAUUACAGGGGGAAACAGGAAAAAUGUCUGCCAGUGAUCCCAACUCUGCAAUAUAUGUUACCGAUUCUGCAAAAGAUAUAAAGAAUAAGGUAAACAGACAUGCAUUUUCUGGUGGGCAAGAUUCUGUAGAGAAACAUAGACAGUUAGGGGCAAAUAUUGAGGUAGAUAUACCUGUCAAAUACCUUUCUUUUUUCUUGGAAGAUGAUGCUGAACUUGAACACAUAAAGAAGGAGUAUGGAGCAGGACGCAUGCUAACUGGUGAGGUGAAGCAGCGCCUAGUUCAAGUUUUGACCGAACUAGUGGAGAGACAUCGAACAGCUCGAGCUAAUGUGACCGAUGAGAUGGUUGAUGCAUUUAUGGCAGUCAGGCCACUUCCUUACAUGUUUGACUGA